CGAUAAUAAAACAUUUAUUAUAUUAAAAUGGCAGAGUAAUAAUAGAUGAAAAAAAAAAAAAUAAUAGGGAGUUAUAUAAUAGGUAAUUGAAGUUUAAUGAAUUGAUAGGAAAAACAUUAGGAUUUGGGACAUUUGGAAAAGUAAAAAUGGGGAUUCAUGAAUAAUCAUAAGAGAAAGUGGCUAUAAAAAUAUUAGAGAAGGAUAGAAUAAUAGAGACAGCUGAUGUUGAGAGAGUUUAAAGAGAGAUUCAUAUUUUAAAGUUAGUAAGACAUCCCCAUAUAAUAUAAUUAUAUGAGGUAAUUGAAUAUAAUAGUUAGAUAAUUGAAACACCAAAACAUAUAUUUUUAGUAAUGGAAAUGAUAAGUGGUGGAGAAUUAUUUGAUUAUAUAGUUAAGAAUACAAAGUAAUAGAUUGAAUUAAUUAGAUUGGAAGAAGUUGAGGCAUGUAAGUUAUUUUAGGAAUUGAUUGCUGGUAUAGAAUAUUUGCAUAAACUACGAGUGGUGCAUAGAGAUUUAAAACCAGAGAAUUUAUUGUUAGAUAAUAAUAAGAAUUUGAAAAUUGUUGACUUUGGAUUAUCCAACACUUAUAAAUCAGAAGAAUUAUUAAAAACUGCAUGCGGAAGUCCUUGUUAUGCAGCUCCAGAGGUAUAAUAGAUUCUUUUUAUAUAGAUGAUUGAAGGAUAAAAAUAUUAAGGAGUUAAAGUCGAUUUAUGGAGUUCUGGAGUUAUAUUAUUUGCUUGUUUAUGUGGGUAUUUACCAUUUGAAGAUUAAAAUACUUCUGCCCUUUAUAAAAAGAUUUUAAGUGGAUCAUAUUAAUUACCUUCUCAUAUAUCAAAGGAAGCGUAAUCCAUGAUCUAAGGAAUUUUAACUAUCAAACCAGAUAAACGAUUUACUAUUAAUGAUAUUAGAAAUCAUCCAUGGUUUAAAAUCUAUACAAGAAAUUAUGAAAUACCACCUGGAAUUGUUGUCGGUUAUAAUAGAAUUCCUAUUGAUUAAGAAAUACUCAAAUAAUUAAAAUCAUAUGGCAUAGAUAUUGACCAUGCUUAAAAAUGUUUAGAUGCUAAUAAACAUAAUGAAAUUACAACAUUUUAUCAUCUACUUCUUAAAAGACAUCUAACAAAUGGAGGAAGAUCUACUGCUGAUCUAAAUUCAGAAUCUUUUGAUAUUACUCUUCUAAAACCUAAACCAACACCUUAAAAAGGUAUUAUUUCUUUUUUAUCUUUAGCACCUAUUAGUUCAUUAAUUAAUAAUGAAGUUAUUAGAUAAUAAAUUAGAGAUGAUAUUAUUAAAUAAAGAUCUUAUUCUACUGAUAAAGAUAGAGGAAGAAUUAAUAAAACAACCAAUCAAAAUAAAAUACUUGCAGAUAAUGAUACAAGUGUAAAUAGAAUUGGAAAUACUAAUGGAUAAGCUUAUAGUGUAUAACCUAGAUAAAAAGAUGAUAAUUUUUUUGAAUAAUCUCCUAUUAUCAGAAAUUAAAAACUUCCCUAUUCUAAUAUGUUAUGCCAAAAAUAUGGAGUCAAAAUUAAAAAUAACAAUGGGACUUCUAUUGACUAUCAAAAUAAAGAAGAAAUCAAAAAAGCUAGUUCCAGAAAUAAAAGAGAAUUGGAUAUUGUUAAUCCCUAUAGAAAUUCUAAUAGAGAUUAAUAAUUCAAUAGAAUGCUACAAAGUGGAGGCAGAUCAUAAAAUCAAAAAAAAGAUAGAAAUUAUAUUACUAAUUAAAAUAAUCAAUCCUUUGAUGUACCUUUAAACUUAAAUCCAUCAACUAAAUAAAAGUCAGUAAAUUAGUAAAGAUCAGGCCCUUUUUAUCAUGAAUGA